AUGGGGGACGAAAACAGACCAGAAUCUGUGGAGGAAGAUUAUAGCAGAGACGAAGGAACUGAAACCCAAGAUGAAGAAGAAGAAGAAUCAACCGACGGAGAGGAAUAUUAUAGCGGAGGAUUCGAAGAAGAAGAAGAGGAAACGUUACAAGCCCGAGAAUGUAGCUCAGAAGACGAUUCAACAGACGGAGAGAGUUUUUCGCUGGAAAGCAUCAUUUUAGCGGUGUCGCUUUCACUGAACAAACGAAUUAGGGAUAACUCGAUCGAUCGGCUGAGUAGGCUUCCUGAUGACCUCCUAAUCCACAUUCUCUCUCAUCUCGGCAUGAAGGGAGCCGCCGCCACCAGCGUCCUCUCCAAAAGAUGGCAAUACCUCUGGCACAAUUUGCCAAACCUUAGGUUCGAGGAGAGCAGCACCAGGCUCAAAGAGAUACGCAAGCUCGUGGCACGUGUCCACAGGACACUCGUUCUCCGCUCAGGGAACCACCUAGAUGAACUGUGGAUAGACUUCUCAUAUGACGAGAGUUUUGCCUAUGACGUCAAUACAUGGGUUGAAUUUGCUGUCAGGAACAAGGUAAAGCAUCUCACCUUGAAGCUCGACUCCUUUAGAGAUUUCUAUGUACUUCCCCUGGUGGUUUGCUCCUGUUCGUCCCUUGUUCGGUUGUGGAUGAAAGGGUGCAUUGUGGGGCCCAAUAGCAGGGUCAACUGGCAAGGUUUGACCGAUCUGUUAAUAGAGGAUGUGUUGCUCGACGAGGAUGAUGUUCAAAAGAUUGGGUCUAAGAGGGUGCUGGGGAUUCUCGACUUUGGAUAUUGGCUCUCGGAAUCUUGUCGAGCUUUCAGUAUGAGGUUGCGGCUGAGGAACAUGACUUCCCUUGUUACGGCUUUUAUCAAUUUUGCCGGGGAUGUUCACGACUCUCUCCCGGAUAGUGAGCUUGUGAUGAAGCUUUUUGAGGACAUACAACAUGUCAAGAAGCUCGAGCUAGGAUGUUUAUGCAUCAAGGUUCUAGCGAGACUAGUGUUAAAGAGCCACCACCUUCCACAGUCUAGGCGAGACUCUUUGAUAAUUAAAUCUUGGAAGGAUGAGGAUAGCAUUUCAGGCAUUCUAGCCCUUAUAGAAUCUUCUCCAUGCCUCGAGACACUUGUUGUACAGUGCAGUGACUUCAAUGAGGACUCCCAUGAGGAAACCAUCUGGACAUUGGGUCCAGCCGUAAAGGAUUUGGAUUGUGACUUGUUGCAUUUGAAGAGAGUUCAAUUACUCGACUGUGCUGAUCCGUAUCUUGAAGGCGAGCCAAUGCUAACACUGGCCAGAAUCCUGCUUAAGCGGGCACCAGUUUUGGAAACUAUAGUUGUUGAUGGAAAUGGAUACUCGCCUGAUGAGUCUCUCAAUUCCUUCAUAGUUGGCCCAGAUCCUCCCAAAAAGCAAUUAUCACUUUCAAUCAAUGAUCCUGAAAUUUGUUCAGCAACGAAAAUCCGAACAAAUGGCCAAAGAGUGGCGGAUGAAGAUUUUGGCGAAUGUGGACUGAAAAAUGAAGCGGCAAGGACGAGAGAAGUAUUUGCCGCAGACAAGGGACGGGCGCUGUCAUCUGACAAUAAACGGGCUAAGGAGACAGCCGUCGAUAGGCUGAGUGAGCUGCCAGAUUCCUUAAUCAUCCACAUCCUUUCUUUCCUGGGCUCUGAUGUGACCAAAGCUGCUGCUACCUGCGUGCUGUCCAAAAGAUGGCAAUAUAUCUGGCCUCAACUGCCUAGGCUGGCCUUCUUGAACCGCACAUGGGAUUUGGAAAAAUCAAGCAAUUUCGUGUCAUGGGUCCAUAGGACCCUUCUUUUCCGCACCACUACUCAUUUGGAGGAGUUUGAGGUCCGCUUUCUGUACGACGAGUGCUAUGCCUCAGAUGUCAACGCUUGGAUACGCAUUGCCCUUAGAAAUAGAGUGAAAAUUCUUAGCUUGCAACUCCAUUCCGAAACAUGUCUUCACAUUCUUCCCCAGGUUUUGUAUUCCUCUUCUUCCUUGGAGUCCUUGUCCUUGAGUCGCUGCAUUUUGGGUCCACAGAGCACGAUUGAGUGGCCAUCUUUGACUUGGUUAAGUGUUUGGAAAGUGGAGCUAAAUGAAGGUGUGAUUCAAAAGAUACUAUCAUGUUGUCCUGUUCUGCGUAUGCUGGGGCUCACAUCAUGCUGGGGAUUCAGGCGUCUGGAUGUAAAUUCCGAGAGUAUUAAAGACCUUACGGUGUUGGACUAUCAAGAUAACAGCAUAUUAGAAUUGAUGAAUAUCUCGGCACCCUUUCUACACGGGUUACACAUCUCAUUUUGUCCAAUACAGACAAAAGUGCAGCUCAUGAAUGUAUCAUCCCUUCUUAGUGCCAACAUCGGUUUCUGUGUACCCAAUGUAAAUGUAUCUGUUGAGGUAAUGAAUGACACAAUGGAACUUCUUGAAAAGACUCAACAUGCCAGUGGACUUGUACUAGGAGGCGCAUGCAUUAAGGUUCUAUCAAAGUUGGUGGCGCGUGGGUGGCGGCCUCCACAAUCGUCUAAGCGAAAUUGGUUGUCGUUAGAAACUUUGCGGGAGGAGAUUAGCAUUCCCGGAAUACUUGCCCUGCUCGAAUCUUAUCCAAACCUCGAGACGCUUCUUAUAGAGAGUUGUGACUCUUACAAGGAAUCUGUCAGGACAUGGACUCCUGCUGCAAGGGAUGAUUUGGAUCUUGACUUAGCGCACUUGAAGACUGUUCGUUUAUUUGAUUUUGCUGAUCCCAAUUUAGGCGGUGAGCCAAUGCUUACGUUGGCCCGAAUCUUGCUUAAGAGAGCCACGUCAUUGAAAAAGAUGGUGAUCGAUGCACUUGAAAAUGUAACCAAUUUUUCAUCAGAUUUUGCAAAGAUGUCUGAAACAGUAGUUAGUUACCCAAAAUCCUCGGGAAAAGCAGUGAUCAUCCUU